AUGUCGGUGGUUAUUGCUGCUCGAGUCUGUGAGACUCCGGGAUGUGGUGGAGCAGCCAAGCUUCAGUGUCCAACUUGCAUCAAGUUAGGAAUACCCGGUUCUUAUUUCUGCUCCCAGGAUUGCUUUAAAGGAUCUUGGGGUGAACACAAAAAGCUUCAUAAACUAGCAAAAGGAAGCUCAACUGAUGAUGGAACACAGUACAACCCAUGGCCAGGUUUUCGAUUCACUGGAAACUUACGUCCGUACCCACUGAGUGCAACCAGGUCUGUUCCGGACAACAUUAUGCGACCUGAUUAUGCCAACCAUCCCACGGGUGUGUCGGAAAGUGAAAAACAAAUCCGGGGGACAACAAACAUACAAGUGCUCAGUGAUGAGGACCAGGAAGCCAUGCGAGUUGUGUGCAAGCUAACCCGUGAAAUUCUGGAUGUGGCAGCAGAGGCAACAAGUGUAGGGGUCACAACGGAUGAGAUCGACCAGGUGGUUCAUGAGGCAACAAUUGACAGAGAUUGCUAUCCAUCACCGCUGAACUAUUUUGAAUUCCCCAAGUCUUGUUGCACCUCAAUCAACGAAGUCAUUUGUCAUGGAAUUCCCGAUGCCAGGCCUUUGCAGGACGGCGAUAUUAUGAACGUCGACAUCUCUGCCUAUCAUAGAGGUUUCCAUGGUGAUGCUAAUGAGACUUUCUUUGUUGGGAAUGUGAGUGAAAAUGCAAAAAAACUGGUCAAGACAACGUAUGAGUGUCUCAUGCUGGCAAUUGAUGAAGUGAAACCUGGAGUGCGAUACAGGGAGAUUGGCAAUGUGAUACAGAAACAUGCUCAGGCUAAUGGAUUCUCAGUUGUACGCAGCUACUGUGGUCAUGGCAUACAUAGAUUGUUUCACACCACCCCCAGUGUGCCACAUUACGGAAAAAACAAAGCGAUUGGAAUUAUGAAGCCUGGCCAGAUUUUCACCAUUGAGCCCAUGAUAAAUGAAGGUGUCUGGAGAGAUGAACUGUGGCCAGAUAACUGGACGGCAGUCACACAGGAUGGGAAACUGUCUGCUCAGUUUGAGCACACUCUGUUGGUUACGGAAACUGGAUGUGAGAUCCUUACGAGACGUCGGGACAACAACGGCCUGCCACAUUUUAUGGAUCACAUGACGUGA